UGUACGUAGUCAUCCACAUUAACUUCUUCCUUCAGCUACUUCUUCUUCUUCUUCUUCUUCUUCUCAUUUCAGCGGCUCGGGUCGACUCGACUCAGCACCAACCCACGCCUCAUCGUCAUGGAUCGCCUCCUCCCUCCUCCCACAACAAUCUCCAGCAUUUUAUUAUAAUACGAACUAUAUACAAGUGGCGAAAAAUUGGGCACCACCUGUUCUCAUUAUAGAUAUACCAGGAAGGAUUUCUUUCAAGAGUUGAGUAACCUUCCUCCCUUGGUUUUCCCAUCCUAAUGGGGAAUUUAUUGAGUUUGACUGCUUCAAAAUCCAGGAUGAAGGAGUAUCACGAGGUGUCUGAAUAUGAAACCUGCAAGAGGCAAAGAAUGUGCCCAAGUGUUGCUGAGGAGAACCCCAGACUGAUUCCUAGUCUUCCUGAUGAGCUGUCUAUCCAGAUUAUCGCUAGGCUUCCUAGAAUUUACUACUUUAAUGUGAGAAUGGUGUCGCGAAAGUGGAAGGCAACUGUUAUGAGCCCUGAACUUUUUAAGUUGAGAAAGGAACUUGGCACCACUGAAGAAUGGCUGUAUCUAUUGACAAAAGCGGAGGACGAGAGGUUUUUAUGGCAUGCUUUGGACCCCUUAUCGGAAAGAUGGCUGAGGCUACCUUCCAUGCCUGAUGUUGUUUAUGAAGAAGGACAAAAUAAAGGUGGUUUUUCCAUGUAUUGGAUGUGGAACAUGUUGGGGCCUAGCAUCAAAAUUGCUGACUCUAUUAGAGACUGGCUUGGGCGUAGGAACACUUUAGAUCAAAUGCCAUUUUGUGGUUGUGCUGUUAACGCCGUGGAUGGAUGCCUUUACGUCGUAGGUGGGUUUUCUAGAUCUGCAGCCAUGAAAUGUGUCUGGAAAUUCGACCCAGUGCAAAAUGCAUGGACUGAAGUAACUGCUAUGGCCGCAGGCAGGGCCUAUUGUAAGACAGGAAUUUUGAAUGGCAAACUCUAUGUUGUUGGGGGGGUUAGUCAAGGCCGAGGUGGAUUGAGUCCGCUUCAAUCUGCCGAAGUAUUUGACCCCUCCACAGGUACAUGGUCCGAAGUGCCAAGUAUGCCCUUCUCGAAAGCUCAAGUGUUACCCACUGCCUUUUUGGCUGACAUGCUAAAGCCUAUUGCAACUGGGUUGACUUCAUACAUGGGAAAGUUAUGUGUGCCUCAAAGUCUGUAUUCAUGGCCCUUCUUUGUUGAUGUUGGGGGAGAAGUUUAUGACCCUGAUACAAAUUCAUGGAAUGAAAUGCCAGCUGGCAUGGGAGAAGGCUGGCCUGCACGUCAAGCAGGAACAAAGUUGAGUGUUGUGGUAGAUGGUGAAUUAUACGCUUUUGAUCCUUCUAGUUCCUUGGACAGUGGUAAGAUUAAGGUGUAUGACCAUGGGGAAGAUGUUUGGAAGGUUGUUAUAGGAAAAGUCCCCAUCUAUGAUUUUGCAGGUUCUGAAUCUCCAUAUUUGCUUGCUGGAUUUCACGGAAAGCUUCAUGUCAUCACCAAAGAUGCCAAUCAUAGGAUUGCAAUUUUGCGUGCUGAUCUACAGCACGAUAGCCCUGAUUCCAUUCCGUCGAGCUCAGCUUCUCUCACAUCUGAAUCCUCUGACUCACAGGCAGAUUCAGAUGCAGUUAUCUGGAAGGUCAUCGCGAGGAAGGACUUCGGUCCCAAGGAAUUAGUCAGUUGCCAAGUUCUUGACGUUUGAGCACAAGAGUCACACAAUCAAGUGUCCGUACAAUGACACGAGUUUCGUUUCAUUUACUUUUUCUAUGAGAGCAAUUAUGUUAUUUCCUUUUAAAAUGAGGUAUAUUGUAUAGAGCAGUGUAGUAUAUAAUAAAUGUAUACGUGUAAACUGUUUGUGAGAAGUUCUCUUAUUUUAUUACAAACUGAACUAGUGUCAAUUGCCAGAA